GUUUCGAGGAUUGAUGCAGGAAUAUAGCAUUAAUCAUACUCUGACUGCUGUUUAUUCACCUCAGGCUAACGCCUCGGAGCGUGUAAAUAGAUCGGUCAUAUCCGCCAUUAGAGCGUAUAUACGCCCGGAUCAGAAGGAUUGGGAUGAAGUUCUGAGCCGGAUAUCUUGCGCGCUGAGGUCUUCCAUACACUCCAGCCUUGGAACAAGUCCGUACUACAUGGCUUUUGGACAGCAUAUGGUUACCUCCGGUUCGACCUAUUCUCUGCUCCGACGUUUAAAUCUUUUAAACGAUCGUUCGCUACAAUUUGACAGGCAGGAUUCUUUCGAAAUAGUUCGCAAACAAGCUUGCGAGCAAAUGUAUAGAAAGCACGAGGAAAACAAGAAGCGCUAUGAUCUCCGCACUCGUAAUGUUACGUAUACUGAAGGUCAAGAGGUAUAUCGACGUAACUUUAAGCAAAGCUGCUUUCAAACUGGAUAUAACGCCAAAUUCGGGCCAAUGUUUGUAAAAUCUCGGAUUCGAAGAAAAAUCGGUAACCUCUAUUAUGAACUGGAAGACCUCCAAGGAAAAGUUGUAGGUACAUAUCACGCUAAAGACAUUCGGCAAUAGCUUCAGUCGGAAUCAGUCUAGUGUAUUCUCUCAAUUAUACCCUAGUCUGAUUUUAGCGGGGGAGUUUUGUACUGGCGACUGAAGCCAAAGAAAAAUUCAAAUGUUUUUAUAUUUGGCGCCAAAGACCGUAAGCGUAGAUUACCGACUAGGUAAACUAAGAGUUGCCAUCCGAGAUGCAGCUUCUUAUCAGCUGUAUGCAGGUAUGCACUGGAAAGCUCUAUUUACCUAUGAUGGCGUAAGGUUGGAUCGACAUAGAUUUCCGCUCUGAAAUCUUAGAUUCUAUUCGAUCCAACCUCCAGAGCAGAAAGACCUGUGCACGUAAGUUCCUAGCCUGGGCAUGUGGGUGUUUGCUCACACAGAGGUUAAAUUCUUUUGGGUUAUUUAUUCAGAUUUACCCAAAUCAACCUGCCGACUGUAUUCCGCCAGCCCAGCCAAGAAGGAAGGACGGAAAUAGGAAGCCUUAGGAGUUACCGGCCUUACCUAGAAGAACCCACCUACAUGUGGAUCAUCUAUAGGCCCGGCAUCCAGGUGUAGCAAACCCUAAGCCGGCCCAGCGAUUCUCAAGUGUCCCGCGGAGCGCAUUUUUUUUAUCCCAACGAGGGAUCGGCAACUCCGUGGGCCAGCAGUUUUGGAGGUAACAGCGGGCGGAAAAAGCCUAGUGGGAGUGAAAAACGUGAAAUUAACCUAAAGCCCCCUAAAAAAACCACGUGUACACAGAGAAAAAUAUAAGACAAAAAACUAUAAUAAAAAAAUUAUUAAAUAACAAAGAUCAAUGCUUGCGAGCUAUAAAAAAACGUGAAAAUGUAAAUAAAAUGUGCAGAAACAAAAAUUAAAAUUUAUUUUUUUUGGUUAUACCAAAAUUUUUUUAAGUGAAAUACACUAUAAACAAUGAAGUGAGAAUUCAAAUAAAUAAUCCUUAAAAAUUAUAAUGAAGCUAAAACAGU